AUGGCGACCACACCACAGGAGGCUUGGGCUGAGAUCUUCCAGGCACAGCUGGACGCAGUGGUGGAGGUGCCGCUGCAGCGCUUUGACGUGAACGACUACUACGAAGCCGACGGCUCCGGGUUCCUGACCUACGCUAGGCACGGCAGCUUUGUGGCCAAGGUGGAGCUCUUCGACGGGCGCUUCUUCGGGAUCUCCUCCAACGAGGCGGCGGCCAUCGACCCCCAGCAGCGACACGGACUGGAGGUGAGCUACGCCGCCUGCCACGGCGCCUCCCGCACCAAGCAGGAUUUGACCAAGACGUCGACCGGGGUCUUCGUGGGGCAGUGCGCCAACGACUGGGCCAAGUCUUCAAACCGCCGGGCUGGGACCUUCAUGGGCCCCGGCACCCAUGCGAGCAUUGCGGCCAACCGCAUCUCCUUCUGCCUGGGCCUUGAGGGCGUCAGCAUGACGGUGGACACCGCCUGCUCCUCCACGCUGGUGGCACUGGACCUCGCCUUGCAGCACCUAGAGCUUGGCCAUUUGGAGACAGCGCUGUGCAGCGGCAGCCAGCUGAACCUCAUCGUGGAGCCCUUCGUGGCCUUCUGCAACGGGCGACUGCUGUCCACCAGCGGCCGGUGCCGCACCUUCGACGCCUCCGCGGACGGUUUCGCUCGGGGCGAGGGCUUUGGGAGCUUCUUCCUCACAAAGGCCCCUUCCGCGGAGUAUGGCAUGGGCCCAGCCGGCUCCAAGGCCAACCAGGAUGGUCGCAGCUCCUCCCUCACAGCGCCCAACGGUCCUGCGCAGCAGAGGGCCAUACUAGGGGCCCUCAAAGCGGCAGGUGUCGCAGCGGCAGAGAUCUCGGCCGUGGAGUGUCACGGCACAGGCACGGCCUUAGGAGAUCCCAUCGAGGUGGGCGCCUUGAAGGGCACCUUGGACGACUCCGCGCCGCAGCUCAUGGCCGGCAAGACCAACGUCGGGCAUUUGGAGGGUGCCGCUGGCGCCCUGGGCCUGGUGAAGUGCAUGAUGGUCCUCCAGCACAAUGAGGCGCCGCCCAACGUGCACUUCGCGGAGUUGAACCCACACAUCGACCUCAAGGAGACUUCCUGGCGCAAGUGCCCUCGAGCGCGCAGUGCCUGA